AAGACCUACACCAUGCAGGGGGCCUGGGCGGAGCCGGAGAAGCGGGGCAUCAUCCCCAUCUCCUUCGAGCACAUCUUCACCCACAUCUCCCGCUCCCAGAACCAGCAGUACCUGGUGAGGGCCUCGUACCUGGAGAUCUACCAGGAGGAGAUCAGGGACCUCCUUGCCAAGGACCAGAGUAAGAAGCUGGAGCUGAAGGAGAACCCCGAGACGGGGGUGUACAUCAAGGACCUGUCCUCCUUCGUCACCAAGAACGUGAAGGAGAUCGAGCACGUGAUGAACCUGGGGAGCCAGACGCGCUCGGUGGGCAGCACCAACAUGAACGAGCACAGCUCCCGCUCCCACGCCAUCUUCCUCAUCACCGUGGAGUGCAGCGAGACAGGGCCGGACGGCGAGGAGCACAUCCGCGUCGGCAAGCUCAACUUGGUGGACCUGGCCGGCAGCGAGCGUCAGAGCAAAAUGGGGGCCCAAGGAGAACGCCCCAAGGAAGCCUCCAAAAUCAACCUCUCCCUCUCCGCCCUGGGCAACGUCAUCUCGGCGCUGGUGGACGGCAAGAGCACGCACAUCCCCUACCGGGACUCCAAGCUGACCCGGCUGCUGCAGGACUCCCUGGGGGGCAACGCCAAGACCAUCAUGGUGGCCACCUUGGGCCCGGCCUCUCACAGCUACGAGGAGAGCCUCUCCACUCUCAGGUUUGCCAACAGGGCCAAGAACAUCAAGAACAAGCCCCGGGUGAACGAGGACCCCAAGGACACCUUGCUGCGGGAGUUUCAGGAGGAGAUCGUCCGGCUGAAGGCCCAGCUGGAGAAACGGGGCAUGUUGGGGAAGAAGAGGAGGAGGAGCAGCCGGAGGAAGAAGGCGGUGGAUGGGGAAGGCGCCGUGGAGAACGAAGGGGAGGACGACAACGAGGACGGUGGCCUGGAGAAGAACAUGGAGAAUUACUUGAAGGAGCAGAAGGAGAGGCUGGAAGAGGAGAAGGCCGCUAUCCAGGACGACCACAGCCUGGUGAGCGAGGAGAAGCAGAAGCUGCUGCAGGAGAAGGAGAAGAUGAUAGAGGACCUGCGGAGGGAGCAGGAGGCCACGGAGCUGCUGGCCACCAGGUACAAGGUACGUGUCGCCACGCGAGUGAUCCCGGGGCAGGACCUGCUUGGCCUCCAGCCCCACGUGGGGUGCUUGAAUGGGUCCCAAACAGGGUGCAAGGUGGGCACCCAUGCAAG